AUGCCUCAAAUGACCGACCAGCUUACUGGCAGCGGCGCUGAAGCUUUGGCGGAGACUUUAGCACGACUCUCUAAGAAACCCGGGGUAGAGGCGACACUGGUGCUUGAAACCUCUAGUGGUACCAUCAUCCAGAACUCGGGAUCGUUUUCGGCCUUCCGUUCAACCUCUAGAUCAAACAAUACUAGUGUUGUGACUGAAGAUUCGGGUACAGCAGCCAACACGGAGAGCCAAGGUAUCGAAGAAUUAGCUUCUAUGGUAUGGGAUUUUGUGAAAUCAGCCGGGGGACUUGUGCAGGGACUAGAUGUUGAGGAUGAGGUUAAACUCCUGCGUCUACGAACGAAGAAACAUGAGCUUGUGAUUGUCCCGGAUCCAAAAUACAUACUCGUUGUUGUGCAUGAAACACCCCCAGCUUAA